AAAUGAACACUGCACCUUUUUGGACCAGUGAGUGUCCUUGCAUUAACCGCCAGACCCCAAACUCUGACAGUACACUAACCUGUUGUCUGCAGCACGCACUGUUCGGUCUGAAACGGAUUUUUGUGGUGACUUGUCUUUUUAAAACUGUCCAGCUGGUGCUAACUGCUGUGUUGGGCUGUGAAUACAGUAGUUAAUGACGGUUUAAACCGAACCCCCAACCACCUCUUUUUCUUGUAACAUUUUUUUGGAAGAAGCAUACCGAGGUUGGAGCAGACAUUAGCAGUUUUGCAGUGAACGAUUCCGACUUGUGAAACCCCAGUAAUGGCACAGCAUAGACGAGAUGGUGGGUUCAUAGAUUCAUGGCUGUGCUGCAACUCCUGGUGGAAGAAGUGGAAAGUUGGAGGGAUGCUUUGUAGCUGCAGUUCCUCCUCCAGACCAUCUUCAGACUGGGAUACUGACCCCAGUUCCAGGAGUCAGGCCCCGAGGACUUGGAUGUGUGAAACAGGGGAGGCUGUUACCCUGCGCCCUUUUCAAGAUAAAAUUACAGUUUCUGAAAGUGACAAUAUGCCAGAGAUAAAGACAACAACAGAAUUGAAAGUUAGUAUUCAGCAGUCUCCAGUUGAACAAAAAACUGUGGCUCAAGAUAUUCCUGAUGCAGUGGUCAAGAUUCAGGACCAAAAUUUCUCAAAUAACCAGGCAAAAAAUAACUCAGUGGUUGGGCAAGUUAUUGUUCAUAAUGCAAGCACGGCUGAAGACUGUAAUUUCAGCAAAGAAGAGAUAUAUGUUUGUGAAUCUAAGUGCACAGACAAAAUUGGAAACAUGUAUGAAGAAUUUGACCAUAAAGAUGAAGCUUCUGAUCAAUUGUUGAAACCAGAUAAAAUCAAUGGAACAGGCUAUCUAAAAGAAGCACCUGAUACUAAUAUCUGUGAAGAUGACAUUGAGUUGGAAUGUCUUAAAACUGAAGAAGAAAAAGAUAAGAAAAAAUUCUUCCAAGAGCAUGUUAAUGCUGAGUCAGAAAGAAUGAAUGCAAGUUCGGAGCCUGAAAACAUUGCUAGGAAAGUUGCUGCAGUAUCUCCUUUGCCUCUCAACAAUGUCUCUGUAAACUUUAAUGUUCACUAUAUUACUUAUUUAGAUUCUCAGAUCCUUGCAGUGACAGGAAACCAUGAGUGUCUGGGGCAAUGGGAAAGGUAUGUACCGUUAAAACCAAACAAGGAUGGAUUCUGGUCCAGUUCCAUUUUGCUCCCAGUGAAUUCCAAGAUUGAAUGGAAAUUUGUGGUAGUGGAAGAUGGAAAGAUCUGCAGGUGGGAGGAGUGUUUCAAUAGGAUGCUUGAGACUGGUCAUGAAGACUUUGAAGUAUAUCAGUGCUGGGGUUACCAUUAAUUAUGCAGAUGUUGGAGUAAUGUAAUAUUUGUGUGAGUGCGCUAUUUAGUAAUGUGGAAUGAUGGAGUUCCAGAUUUUGAGUACAUUUAACUGCUUCCAAAAAGGGAAUUGAAUGUCAGUGAUUUAUGUAACUUUUGUUUUCACUGGAUGUUAAUGACUUUUUUGCAUUUUUUUUAACAAAUGCUCUUUCUUCGUCUCCCUAUUUUUGUGCUUUGACUUCAGCUGCCUGAAUUUUUUUUGCUGUGCUGGUUUGUCUGUGCAUAAUAAUUCAUUUGCUGCUAAAAUGUGCUUUACACAAUAACCUUAAAUAUCAUCUCCUCUUCCAGAGGACAGUAAAUCAGUGACACAAGGCUAAAAAUUCCAGCACUUACUGUAAAUGUAAUUAUUCAAGAAUUACUGCAUGCAUAUAAUCAGACUUGCUGUCAUGUGGCACCUGUGGAAAAAUGCUUAAUAUCAAUAUCUAAUAUUUUCAAACAAGAAUACUAAAUUUUUUUGCAUGAAGAUAUUGAAGUGUAGCAAUGCCCCUCCAUCCCCAAACAACUUGUAUGAGAGCAUCACUAUUUAAGUAUAUUUUAAAAUCUAAUGUUGCAUUUCACAAGAAUUAAAAUCAGUAGUAUUGAAAUUCUUGCCAUUACAUUAUAAACUAUUCAAAUUACUGUUCAGAUGUUUUGCCUUUUUUCUAACAGGUAAUUGUUUGGGGACAGAUGGGUUUAAAGAUACUGAAACUUUUUGGCUUAAGACUCUUUUUUUGUUUUGCUUUUACAUGUUGUGAAUCUGUUUGUUUGUUUAGCCUUAACUACUAAAUUUUUAAAUUUGUGGCAUGUGAAUGCUACCUUUUUUGGUAGGGUAAUAAAAAUGGUAUUCAUGUACUUUGGUAAUCUGCUUGCUGAAUUUAAAUCCUGAAAAGGACAAAAUGUGCUGCUGAUUAUAAAACCAAUAGUCUACACUAAAAUUGUUUUGAAAUUAAUUUUUGUCUUUAGGUCUUGCAUGGAAAUAAUGUUGAACAGCCUCUUCUGAUGCUAGUGCCUAAGUCUGACCUAUAAGAGAUUGGAUUUCAUCCAAACACUAAGUUUGUUUGAAAUGGGAGUAGAUUUACUUUAAACCUAAAAGUUAUUUACAGUCUCGGAUCCUGGAAACACAGAAAUGAUUCCCUAUUUAGCACAUGUUAAAUGUUUGAUUUUUAACUUAAACACUCAGCAUGCUAAUAAACUUGCUGUGAUUGAACAAACCAAUUUAAUUUAUUGUUUAAUUUGAACUUGCCUUCAUAAAUCAGGCAUUUAAAUUGUGAUUGCUACUUUUUUUAAUCUGUCAAGAGGACUGAAGUUUGGGGGGUGGCGGGGGAGAAAAACCUGUGUUUACCGUAAUUUUUGUAAACAUUACAAGGCUGAAAGAUUUCCUUUACUAAACCUUUUAAGAAUUGUCCCUUCCAUCCUGAAUCUUAAGGCAAGUUCUCUGGUUUUCAAGUUCAUAAUGCCUUAAUUUUUUUUUAAAGAUCUUGAUUAUAGAUUGCUAAUAUUUUUAGACAGUAAGCAACACCAUUCUGCCACACUGAAGUUAGUUUAGAUCAUUUCAAACUUGACUUAAGCACAUGUCUACAAACAGUAGGCCCUGAAUAUUAUGAUACUGAGUCUCUGCGUGCAGUUUUAAAUUUCUAGGAGGUGCUGUUUCUAAGGCAACUUUUGGGAAUCCUUGCCUUACUCUAUUGAUGCUGAAACCCUCAAUUCAAUUUCCACCUAUCAAAGUGACUUAUGAAACAUAAACUAGAAGUUGCACAAUUUUUUUUUUCCUCAUUCCUUUUUUAAAUACUUUGGGAAGCCAUUCUAAUCUUCUCGGAUGUUGCUUAUUACUGAUACUCCUGUUUAUAUAUCAUUCUCUAUUUUUAUUUGGAAAGUACAAGUCAGAGUGGGCUAGAGAAACAUAUUCAAUUUUGCCAUAGGUUUUAAGACACUUUUUUUGUGUAGUACCAUCUGGCCAAGAAUUGAAUUUGUAAUAUACUUUCAACCGAAGAAAAACUGACUUGUAUUUUAAAACAAUCUGAAGAUUUUUAAAAAAAAUCUGCCUUUCAUGCAAGAUGAAAUCAUAAUCAUGCUCCUUAAAUGGGGGUGGUUGGGAGACUAAAUACACAAUUGGACAGUAGUAAUGUAAAGACUACAACACAAUUGUUUUGCAUCUUGGAAAUAAUGAAUCUGUUCAUAGGUCAACAGUCUUGGUUUUUUUAAUCAUGGUAGACAAAUUGCUUUCUGCAAUUAAUACUUCUGUGUAACAACACUUUAACUGCAGUGUGGAGAGAGGAUCAAUACCAGUAAGCUUACACAAAUGCACGCUCUCCCUUAUUUCAUUGUACAAAUGAGCAUGAAGUAACACGAGUAUUUUGGCUACAACAGAUUCAAGAGUGAGUAAUCGCCAGUAUAUAUUUCAAUUAUCUUUAAUUACAUACGGAUAGAUUGAACAGAAUGGGUUUCACAAGGUAUUAAAUAGCAGCAGAUUUUUAUUUUGUGUACUGCAGCAAGUCAAAAGAAUAAAAUGCAGAAACGUGGACUUCACUUUU